AGGUGGAUGUGACACACACACACACACGCACACACACACACACACACAUCAUGCAGGCUGCGUCCUUCCAGUAUGAUUUCUACAGUGAGGAGAACGCGCCCAAAUGGAGAGGACUGCUGGUGCCGUCACUCAAUAAGGUGCUGAGUCAGGUGCACCCGAGGCUGUGGUCGCAGCAGGAGGCGCUGCAGUACAUCGAGGGCCUGAUCCUGCUGCUGCUCAACACUCUGUGUCAGGCUCAGCCGCGCUCCGUGCAGGACGUGGAGGAGCGCGUGCAGAGGAGUUUCCCGCACCCCAUCGAGAAAUGGGCCAUCGCCGACGCUCAGGCCGCGAUCGAGAAGAGGAAGAGGAGGAACCCGCUAGCGCUGCCUGUCGACAAGAUCCACCCGCUGCUCAAGGUGCUGAUGGACAUGUUCCAUCAGGUGGAGGAGGACAUCAGUGUGUUUCUUCUGAUGGACGAGGAGCCGUCUGCGGCCGAGGAGCAGAUGUACUAUGAGCUGGUGAAGGCCUUCAUGGCGGAGGUGCGUCAGUAUCUGCGCGACCUGAACCUCAUCAUCAAGGUUUUCCGCGAGCCCUUCGCCUCCAACACCAUGCUGUUCUCCCCUCACGUGAGUCCCGCUCCUCCUCCUCCCCGCGCUGCUCCUGCUCCUGCGGCUCAUGUGUGGAAUCAUGAGGAUCUGACCUGGUUUCUGCUGGUUUCGUGCUGUGGCUCGUGUUUCUGUGGUUUUAUGCGUUCGUGUAUGUGGAAAGGAUGGCUGAUCUUACGCGAGUCGGCGUGCCGCUUCUACAGUCAGCAGAUGAAGGGCAAACAUCUGGCCAUCAAGAAGAUGAAUGAGAUCCAGAGGAACAUCGACGGCUGGGAGGGCAAAGACAUCGGCCAGUGCUGCAACGAGUUCAUCAUGGAGGGGACGCUCACGCGGGUCGGCGCCAAACACGAGCGCCACAUCUUCCUCUUCGACGGCCUCAUGAUCUGCUGCAAGUCCAACCACGGCCAGCCGCGUCUGCCGGGAGCCAGCGCCGCCGAGUACCGGCUCAAAGAGAAGUUCUUCAUGAGGAAGGUCCAGAUCAAUGACAAGGACGAUAAGGAGGGCGAGUACCGGCACGCCUUCGAGAUCAUCCUGAAGGACGGGAACAGCGUGGUGUUUGCCGCUAAAUCUGCGGAGGAGAAGAACGGCUGGAUGGCGGCGCUGAUCUCGCUGCAGUACUGCUCCACGCUGGAGCGCAUGCUGGACACGGCCAUGCUGCAGGAGGAGAAGGAAGAGCAGAUGAGGCUCCCCGGGGCCGAGGUGUACCGCUUCGCCCAGCCCGACUCCGAGGAGAACGUCGUGUUCGAGGAGAACGUCCAGUCCAAAUCCGGCAUUCCCAUCAUCAAAGCCGGAACGGUGCUGAAGCUCAUCGAGCGGCUGACCUUCCACAUGUACGCUGGUGAGUGAACAGUGAUUUCUGAAGAUCAUGUGACUCUGAAGACUGGAGUAAUGAUGCUGAAAAUACAG